AUGACCAACUAUAAUAAUAACAACAACAACUACCAGGGCGGAGGCCACCAGCCGCAGGGCGGCGAGGCCGGCAGCUACUACAACAGCGGCCGCAACGACGGCCCCCAAUACGGCGGCCAGCAACAACAACAACAAUACGGCCAACCCCAGGGUGGCUACGGCGGCCACCAAGGGGGUCCUCCAGACUACAGCUCGGGAGGCAACCAGAACCGUCCCCCGCCAUACGGUGGCCAGGGCGGCCAAGGCUACGGCCAGGACAACAAACCAGACUACCAGCCGCACCCUUCCCAGAACGAGGGCUGGGGCAAUGAGAAGCGUGACGACCGACGGGACGACCGACGAGACGACCAACGAGACGACCGACAGAAUAACUACGGUGGUUCCGGCCCCAACGAGGACGGACCCGACGGCGAGCGAGGCGUCCUGGGUGCCCUUGCCGGUGGAGCUGCCGGAGCCUUUGGCGGCCACAAGCUUGGCGGUAAGGCAACUGGCCACAGCAAGACCAGUGCUGUCGUCGGUGCCCUCGCCGGUGCCUUUGCCGGACACAAGCUGCAGGACGGCGUGUCUGACUGGAAGGACGACCGCGACGACAAGAAGGAGGAGGAGAAGCGGAGGAAGGAAGAGGAGAAGCGCAGAGAGGAGGAGGAGAAGCGACGACGAGACGAGCGACGAGACGACGACCACCACGGACAUCAUGGCGGCCGUCGUAACAGCCGCUCCAGAAGCCGUUCCAGGAGCCGCGACCGUGGUCACCAUGGCGGCGGCGGCGGCAACUUCUCCGCGUCGUCAGAGGACGUGUACCUCGAACACGGACGCAUCCUCAAGGCUCGGUGCCGCGCCGACGGAUCGCUGCGGGACAGCUCCCUCAACCUGGACGACGUCCUGGAGAACGACAACGGCCGCCGCGGCGGCAACUUCAGCGGGUCUGCGCGCGAUGCUCGCCUUCGUGACCAUGGUCGUAGGCUCGAGGCUGAGCUGCGCCGGGACAAUGGUGACUGGGAGAGGGCCGAGAUCAACUUGGACGAGAGGAUUGGCAACAUCAACGGAUCCCUGCGACUCGUCUGA